AUGGAUAACAAUUGCUUAAUUCAAAGAAAAGUUCUUCGAACAGCCGUAACAAAAACAAUAAAUGAACUGGAAUCUUCAAUCGAAGAGGAUCAAACCGAGACUGAUAAAGAAGAAGUAAAAUCCAAAUCCUCAAAUCUUGAUGAAGUUUUAGAAAAAGAAUUGGAACAAUGUGAAAAUUACAGAGAUAACGUUACUGCAGCGAAACUGCGCUUCCAAGAGUUUUCGAAAUCCUACGGAAGUGUAAACAAGCAAGCAGAAGUCAUAUCGUCAGAUCGGAUUAGCAUCAAUUUACCGAAACUCGAGCUAACAGACUUUGACGGAAAUCCCAAAAAUUGGUUCGCAUUUUGGGCUAUGUUCCAAAAAAUCGAUGAGGAUCCUAAAAUAGAGGACGACGUAAAAUUCGCCUACCUGAUGCAAACAACAAAAGACGAAAAUUCUGUUUCCUUAAAUCAAUGUUUAGCUACAGGUCCAAAUUAUAUUGAAUUGAUUCCUUUCGUUCUAAAUAAGUUUCGCAAAGAAAAAAUUGGCGUCAUUUCCGACAUCCGCAAAGCAUUCCUUCAAAUAAGCGUGUCCUCUUCUGAUAGAGAUUUUCUUCACUUUCUUUGGUGGGAAGAUUUUGAAAAACGCAAAAUUAAGAUAUACAAACAUUGCAGAGUGGUAUUCGGCCUUACAUCGAGUCCGUUUUUGCUCAUGGCAACAAUCUAUCACCAUUUGGAUAAAAUGAAGGAAACUGAAAAUGAUAUCGCUGUGAAAUUGAAAGAUGCAUUUUACGUUGACAAUGUAGUGACAAGCGUUGAAAACAAAUGGGAAUUAGAGCGAUUUUCAAAGAUAGCUUGUCAAAUUAUGUCUCAAGCAGGGUUUGAGCUUACGGGUUGGGUUUCUUUCUCACAGGGUGAAAAACAAAAUCUGGAUUUAAAAGAAUAUAGAUAUUCUCCUGUUCUCGGACUUUUAUGGCAACCCAAUUUAGAUACAAUAACAUGUGAUAUUAGCAGCGUCACAACUGAAGAACAUAACAAAUGUACAAAACGGCAACUUUUGUCGAUUUCCCAAAAAAUAUUUGACCCAAUCGGUUUUACCGCACCCGUGACGCUCAUUCCAAAGCUUCUAAUGCAAAGAGCAUGGAAAAAUGAUAAGCUGGGAUGGGAUCAUAAACUUCCAUCUGAAAUAGUGGAGGAAUUUAAAAACUGUGACGCUAGUGGGAAAGACUUCGCGGCGUGCGUAUUUUUGCGAAUUGAAUGCGAAAAAGAAGUUCAAAUUAAAUUAGUGCAAGCAAAAUCACGUGUCGCUCCUCUAAAAAAGAAUCCCAUCACCAAAAACAAAACUGAAAUGUCUAUUCCAAAAUUAGAACUUUUAGCUGCAUUGAUAGGUACUCGUCUUGUUCAGACAGUCAAGACAUCAUUAAACAUUUCUGAUAUCGAAACCUUCUAUUGGACUGACUCUAAAGUGGUUCUUUGUUGA